AUGGGGGAAGUUAUAGAUUCCUACAAAGGCAAAAAAUCCUUAUCUGAAUUGUCAAUUUACCCCUUUCAGUAUCAUGCCGAGCGAGGUAAGGUGAGAAGCCAUGUACUCGACAGGGGCCGAAAGUUCAUCUCGUUAUACGGCACUCACCAUAAACUCUACGAGACCUUGUCAGACUCGGAUGGAAGCAAAGGCCUGGAUGGGAAUCAAGACGAGGAUUUCAAGAAGACUGAACAUAGAGUCAUACUGGAUUGGAAGCAGUACCAUGAAACAUUAGGAAGUGCUCCUGACUUUGUCAGUGGGACACCUCAGAUGAGAACAAGAUUGGAUGAGCAUCUGAAUCUUAAGGACGAAGACUACCUCAUUACCCACUACAAGAUCCCAGGAUACUGUCUGACACACAAACAGUGGAGCCGUUUUCCAAUUGAUGGCCUCAAAGACAUUGACUUCAACGUGACCGCUUUUGACAGCCUGGUUCUCCCAAAAAUCAAAAAAGAUCUAAUAAGUUCUCUUGUAAAGGGCCAGGAAAUUGAAACCUCUUCUUUCGACGACUUGAUAGCGGGGAAGGGCAAGGGAUUGAUAUUUCUCUUGCACGGACCCCCGGGGGUUGAGAAAACAUUAACGGCAGAGAGUAUUGCGGAAUACACAAAGCGGCCACUGUUUACUAUCAGCUGCGCAGAUCUCGGUGUUGCGCCUGCAUCCGUGGAGAAGUCACUGAGGGCUUCUCUCGAACUUGCCACACAAUGGCACUCCAUAGUACUUCUUGAUGAGGCCGAUGUUUUCAUGGAGGAAAGGACCCGUGACAACCUCCCGCGAAAUGAACUUGUAUCAGGUGGGUCUCCUUGCUCUUACGAACACUCGAAUAUUUCGAAGGAAUCAUGUUCCUGACCACGAACCGUGCUACAUCCAUCGAUCCAGCAUUCAAAUCUCGGAUUCAUUUAUCUAUCUCGUAUCCAACCCACUCAUUAGAAAGUCGAAGGGAGCUCUGGAAAACAUUCGUAUCGAAGAGCUCAGCCACGGGCAAAUUGAUUUGGCUGAAUGAAAAAUCAUUGAACAGAAUGGCAAAAGUACCGAUAAACGGAAGGCAGAUCAAAAAUAUCGUCCGGAUAGCGCAUUGUCGAGCUGUCAAUGAGAAGCGGGAAAUGGCGCUGGAAGACAUUCUUCUGGGCUUACAAGCUCUGGAGUUAUUUGAGGAAGAGUUCAAGAAGGCCCAGGAAGCAACGGGAACGAAAAACCUCAUUGGUUGGCGACAAGUUACCAGAUGGGGAGCACUGGCAAUGAGCGGAGCUUUGUGUUCAAUUUUGAUAGUUUUGGGAAUCAUUUUCGGAGUAUGGAAACUUGGAGAAUAUUCAAGGCCGGGUUUCGAGAAAGUUUUCUGAGUAGACGCUUGAAUUAACCGAAACAAAGGAUGGGAUAAAAGUUAGAGAAAACUUCGCUUGCAAAUGAU